GUAGUGACCAUACUAUGCAUAAAUUUGGCGUGGCUGUACAUGUUCGGUGUAGCACGAGGAGUUCAACUUCGACGCAAAUAGGAGCCUCAAAAAUGAAUCGUUUGCUGUUCACUCUGACCGUUGUCGUUCUGAUGGCUGCACAUGCUUUUGCUUUAAAAUGUUAUUCCUGCACGUAUACUGAAGAAGACUGUAAGAAGAGCAAGAUGGACGAAAACGAAGCCAACUUUUUAUACACGUGUGUCGACAGCGAUAGAUGCUACAGAAGUUGGUCUAAAAGGAAACACUACGAUGCCAUGCUUGAUAUUGGAUGUGGUGACCAAUCGUCUUGUAACACCCGAAAGUCCAUUUGUGAUCAACAAUCGAAAGAUAUUCCGGACUACCAAUGCGAGGUUAGCUGCUGUUCUGAGGACGGAUGUAAUACAAGCUCAUAUUUCACUGCCAACAUCAUCCUGUUGACCGUUUCCUCUGUCCUGGGCCUAGCACUGCUGAAGUAAGCCGUGGAAGGCUUUACAAGUCAACUUUUCAUUUCGCUUAUUGCUCGUUUAAACUUAUUUGAUACUUAGUUGGCGUGGUCACCUAAAGUUCUAGAUGCACUCAGUUUUCAGAGCAGCGGAAUCUCCCGUGCACGUUUAGCACUGCUGGCUAACAUUAUUACUUUUUAAUCAUUUUGCUGGUUUUCACUUUUUGUUUUGUUAUUAAAAUUUUCGAAAUCUAUUUUCUGUAGCUUAAUUUCGUGUGACUGAAUAAAAGGGCGUUCA